CGGCGAGUAGCGAGUCAGCGACCGUCUGCUGUCAAGUGUCAAUUCGUGUCAGUUCAGUCUACUGCAAUAUUUGCCCGUUAUGCAGAACUCGGCUUGAACGGGAACAGCGUAGUAAUCAAAAGAAUAAUAUUCUAUCCGGUUUGAGACUGGCGCUCGCUUAAAUUGCAUCUAAUUUCGCCUUACACGGACACGCGCAAAUACGCGCACAACGUAAUUCCACCUUACUUCGGUCAAAGAAGACGUUAUUUGCACGCAUUUAAGAAGGGACGUACGAAGAAAAGAAACAUCUUCAAUCAAUCAUUAUUUCAGCUCCGUAAAAAACUGAGCGGUUGAUAAAUCUCAUCGCAGAAGAUGUGCGGUGGUUUUACAUGUUCGAAAAAUGCACUAACGGCGCUAAAUGUUCUUUAUAUCGUCGUAGCCUUCAUCCUUAUCGGCGUAGCUGUCUAUGGCAGAGCCUCUGCGCUCGUUACAAAUCUUCCUAUAAUCGGAGGUAUUUUAGCCUGCGGAGUGAUACUUUUUCUCAUAUCUAUACUCGGCCUAAUUGGAGCGAUAAAGCACCAUCAAGUACUGCUGUUCUUUUACAUGGUAAUUUUGUUCCUGCUAUUCCUGAUCCAAUUCAGCAUUGCCUGCGCCUGUCUUGCCGUAAAUCCUGAACAACAAGAACAACUUGCCGAGGAGGGAUGGAAGCGAGUAAAUAACGAGCUGAAAAUGAAAGUUCAAAACACGUUCAGUUGCUGCGGGUUCGAGGGUUCAAAGUUGACCGGCACGCCUUCUAUGGAUCACCCUACCUGUGUUAUCGUAAAUGAAGUUUGCUGCGAAUCGAAAGCACAGCCAUGCGAGUGCGAGCCGUGUAUGCAAAAGCUACAAUCAACGAUCGACUAUGCUUUUAAACUAUGUGGUGGAAUCGGACUAUUUUUCAGUUUCACAGAGUUUGUUGGUGUUUGGUUGACCGUACGCUACAGGAACCAGAAAGACCCAAGAGCUAAUCCUAGUGCUUUCCUCUAGUCUAACACCAUCGCCAUGUCCCCUGUGUCCUCAUAUGAACCUCCUAACAGAUGGUGAUUGCAGCAUUCUUGGCUAGACGUUAUAGAAACCAAUUGGACCCAGAUGAAAAGGCUGCGCGAGCUGUUUUUCCUCGUCAAAACUAUCUUUACUGAUUCCGAAAAAUUUGACGAAGAGCCAAACUUUGGAAGUCUCUAAAAAGACCAAUUUGACUUGUUCUAGGAUCAUUUGAACAUUAAAUUAAGUCUCAUCGAGAAUACUCGUAAAUUGUUUUAUUACAGAAAUAAAUAGAAAAAAAAUCACGAAAAGAAAACCGUAAAACAAACGGUAUAAAAAAAAAAAGAAAGCAAAAAAAUAGAUCUGUACUUCGACGUUGUUCCUGGAACUAAUGUAACUAACUAUCUUAAACUGUCAGACAUCCUGAAUAGCCAAAGAUCAAAUUCUCAUCGUUCAUAGAACAGUGCAGCAACGAACUGUUUACUAUCAAAGAUAAAUUAAUACCAUUGAUAUUUUGCUCAUUCGUGGUAGUAACUACAGGUUUUCGUUUUAAAAAAUUAACAUUCCAUAACUAGUACAACUGCAAAGUCAGCGCUGUCUACACCUAUCUUUUAGAAAUAUUCAUAACUGCUCAACAGUGUGAAAUUACUUUCAACGAUUACCGAAAUCUUUCUUUUUUCUCAUAAUCCAGUAAUAAACAUGUCCAAAUCGGUGAGGGGGACAUAAUAGAUGAAAUGUGUGUUCUAGUCAGCCACUACGACACUAUCAUAGCAAGCCUCAAUGCGCCUUGUAGUAUUUAGCAUAAAACAGUUUACUGUUUAGAUAUUAACCUUUAAGAAUCUCCCGGGAGAGGUACCCUUUUACAAAAAUCGUUUCUGCAGAGUUUAUUUCUACAGAGAUUGUCUCUUUAAAAAAAUGAUUUAAAUAAGUUCGGAAUCAUUCGUCCGGAAACUAAAUUUAAAUGAUUUGUGACAUCUUAAAGAAUAGAAUAAGUUUGGUCAUAUUCGAAACCACAACACACAAUCCCCUGAUAUGAACGCGGAAAAGACGAAUGCAUCAUUCCGAGAGCUAGAAUAAGUUAGGCUUCGCCUUCCGUGGAAACGAUUUCUGCAAAAACGACGCCCUCUCAAUCUCCCAUAUCUACCGAGAUCUCUUUAUUCUUGCUGCGUACUAGACAGGCAGACAGAGCUAAUUAUCGCCAGAAUUCCGCACGAGCUUCAAUUUCAAAUUUUAUGUAUAUCUAUUGUUAAGCGUAAAUAUUGGAACAAAAAAUUAUUUUACUUGAUUCCGUAUUUGUUAGAGAGAUUGCCAUCCUUUUCCGUCAAAUUUACGGCCCUUGUUUAGAGUUUACUUCAAAAAUAUGUGUACCUUUCAGAACAAAUAUAUAUAUAUAUAUAUAUAUGAAUAUUGAAUAUAUAUAAAUUGGCUAUUCGUUCGUUGUGCGAAUGCCAAUUCGGAAGUAGUAUUUCAUAAUACUGUAAUUAUAUAAAUCGUUUAAAUUAAUCAUUCCGCCAUAUACGUAUAUUAUCGAGGAAAUCAAAAUUUCCAACAACCAAAACCUUCUUCCCUUGAUGUGAUUUUUGUUUAUUCGAAUUUUUACCAUUCAAUGUUAUCUUUAGGUUCUAACUAUUCUUUAAUUUUCUUAGAUUUAGGGGAUAUUAAUACCAUGUGAAUGUUGUAUAUCUUUGCCAGAUCGUACAUCCUAUUUCAAUGGCUAUCAAGCCGAUAAUAUUAUACCUAAUCAAAUUUUCCAACCAUCGAAAAUACCCGUGUAUUUAUUGUAUUUUUUUUUUUUUUUUUUUUUUUUUUUUUUUCAUUUACACAAUCUAUCUUGGAGACCAUUAAUUAUUCCAUUUUGAUUCAUGUUGAUGAAAAUCGAAUAUGUUUCAUUAUAAUUUGAAAUCUAUAAGAAUAAAUAAAUUUCUAUUUCGCGUUUACAACAGCUUAGUUAUACCAUUUACAUAUACAAUAUACAAUACGUAAUAUUUGCCUACAGUUUGUCUAUGCAGAUACGGUAUCAGGCUUCCGCACUUAUUGUUAGAUUCAGAGAUUGUGGAGUUCGAACAUAUACGAAAUUCAAGACUUAAAAAAUCUAAUUCCAUUGAGUCCUAUCAUAUCAAUCAAAAUGUGGCUCAAAGCGAUAUUUUUGAAGAAAAAAAAAGAAAAAAAAAGACAGUAACCGAUGAAUAUUACGUAAAACAAGCUCGUAUUAUUAUAGUGUAAUUACAUGUUAUCUUAGAAUCACGUGGGUACAUUUACUCGGCGGUUUUCAUAGUUUGAUGUAUGAUGAAAAUUUCCUGUGAUCAUUAAAUCGUGAUAUACUUGGUUUUCGAGCCGAAUAGACAAACUGUAAUUUGAAAUAUCUAUGUACACAUACGUGUUAUGCAUAAGCCAGACGCAAACUAUAAGUAAGUGAAAUGUAUUCAAUUGUAGAAAUAUAUACGUAGUCCUGUUACUGUAACCUCAGCAAUCAAAAUAAAUAACUAGUUCAGUACGUAUCACAUUUAA